CCUGAGUCCCACCACCACCUCCACACACACACCCCUCUCAUCUCCAUCUCCCCUCCCCUUCUCCUUUUCACGGAUCUUCAUUCAAACCACCUUCUCACACUUUCCUCCACCAGCAUUAACACCAACACCGCUCAAAGCUUGUGCUCUUCUGGACCGGAGAUCUGGAGAUGAAGAGACACUUUACGCUUUUCUGUCGGACUUGGAUUGGAAUAGCAUACGCCUCAGGUCUGGUGAUAGGCUUUUCUAUGACUCCACCCAUCCUCGACGGCUCCAGAGACGAUUUAGUGAUUCCAGUCAACCAAACACUCUCCAUUACAUGCAGGGGACAACGGAUUUUAGCCUGGGACUGGCCUGACGAGGGGUUGCUUGGACAGGAGCACACCAACCGGCAGGCCCAGCUACCAACCACGGCCGCCCCUCGGCAGAGGGUGGCCCUCAUCAGCGAGUGUCCCGGGGAGCCUGGGAGACAGUACUGCAAGAGGCUGGUGCUGAAGUGGGCGCAGGGCACAGACACAGGCUACUACCGCUGCUAUUAUAAGGAUGUCAAGGCCAUCAUUGACGGCACCACUGCCGUCAGCGUUUAUGCUUUUGUCAGAGACCCUGCACAGCCCUUCCUCAAAAGAGCCAACAGACAAGACCUGGCGACCAUUUUCAUCACUCGCUACUCCACAGACGUCAUAGUGCCCUGUCUGGUCACGGUGCCAGAUCUGAACGUCACUCUCUUCUCGUAUGGCGCACCUCUGGAGAUGAGUGGGAUGACAUGGAACAACAAGAAAGGCUGGUCCAUUCCCAGAAAAAUCAUUGAUAACGUGCCACUGGUCUUUCUUUCAUGUGUCGCCACUCUGGGAGGCAAGGAUUACCAAUCUGAAAGCUACUUGAUCCACACCACAGGAAGUCAGGUUUACGAUGUCAAGCUGUUUCCUGAAGACCCAGUAGAGCUGAUGGUGGGGGAGGCCCUCACCCUGAACUGCACAGCGAUGGUAGAGUUCAACGCUGGGGUGGACAUCCAGUGGUCUUAUCCUGGCAAAGAGACGACCAGUUGGGCUGAGACUAAACAACACAGAGAAUCGUUGAGUCAUGCUACAGAGGCUGCUAGUAUCCUGACCAUCCAUAGUGUCAAUGCCACAGACAGUGGCUCCUACAUCUGCAACGUCACCAGCAUGGAAAGAACACAAACCCUACAGACUCAAGUCAUGGUUCAUGAAAGGCCAUUCAUCAAUCUUGACUACCGAGAUGCACCUGUGGUGGAGGUAACUGCUGGCCAGAAGUCAUUUAAAUUACAAGUAAAUGUGUCUGCCUUCCCCCCACCUGAAUCACAAUGGUAUAAAGACGGAGUGCUGAUAAACCAGCGCCCGGAGUUCAAAAUGAAAAGGAUGAGGAUGCACUCUAACCACGUCUUGGAGAUUAAGGAGGUCUGUCAGGAGGAUUCUGGGCUGUACAUGGUGGUGCUGAAAAACAGCGCCGCUUUGCUGGAGAGGAGGCUCAGCAUCACGCUUGUUGUCAAUGUUCCCCCUCAGAUCCAUGAGAAAGAAUCAGCAGAUCCUUCCAGUCCUUACCCCAGUGGCAGCAGCCAGACGCUAACGUGUACGGCCUACGGCCUCCCUGAUCCAGCCGUCACCUGGCAGUGGAGACCAUGGGGCCCCUGCAACCUCAACAGCACCCAAAGCCAACUGGCCCGGCGCGACAGGAAGGGCCGGAGUGACAUGACUGCAGACUGUCAGGACUGGCAGGAAAUUAACUUAGAAAACGCCAUGAAUGAAAUUGAGUCUAUCGAAACGUCUGUUGAAGUGGUGGAUAAACGACAAAAGAUAGUGAGUAGACUUCAGAUUCGUAACGCCAAUGUUUCAAUCAUGUACAAGUGCUCUGCUGAAAACAAAGUGGGCAAAGACGAGCGGCUGAUCUACUUUUAUGUGACCACCGUCCCUGAAGGCUUCAGUGUGGAUGUUUACCCAUCUGAGAAUCCCCUGGAGCAAGCGAGAGUGUCUCUGUGCUGCACGGCUGACAACUACACCUACGAUCAACUACAGUGGUACCGCCUUAACCCUCAGGCUCUGCGGGAGCAGCAGGAUAAGCCCCAGGAGCUGGACUGCAGGAGCGUACAUCUCUAUGCCACGCUGCUUCAGGGCCAGCCUUCCUUCCAGGAACACUCCAACAGCUGGGUGUUGGACUUCACCAUCGAGUCCAUACGGCUGCAGGACGGGGGCCACUACGUGUGCAAGGCUGGGAGCAGGCGCAGCAGGGAGAAACAGUGCCUGUUCAGAUACCUCUCUGUGAAAGCCCUGGAGGCGCCCCGGUAUAAGCGCAGCCUCACCAACCAGACGGUGAAUGUGACGGAGUCUCUGCGGAUGGAGUGCGACGUGGAGGGCAGGCCUCUCCCCCGUCUCUCCUGGUUCAAAGACAACCAGCCCCUCCACCAAAUGUCAGGGAUCCAGCUGCAGGAUUCAAACCGCACGCUGAACAUCCAGCGGGUCAGAGAGGAGGAUGCUGGGCUUUACACCUGCACCGCCUGCAACCAGCGAGGAUGCGUCCACUCCUCAGCCGCUGUGCGGGUCAUCGGUUCAAGUGACAAAGCCAACGUGGAGAUUGUCAUUCUCAUUGGAACUGGAGUCAUCGCCGUUUUCUUCUGGGCCUUGCUCAUUCUCAUCUUCUGCAACGUGAAACGGGUUAACCCUGCUGACAUAAAGACAGGCUAUCUGUCAAUCAUAAUGGACCCGGGGGAGGUGCCGCUGGAUGAGCAGUGUGAAUACCUGCCCUACGACUCGUCACAGUGGGAGAUCUCCAGAGACAGACUCCGACUCGGAAAGGUUUUAGGACAUGGUGCCUUUGGAAAAGUCAUUGAGGCAUCAAUCUAUGGCACCAACAAGAGCAACAGUUUGGACACGGUGGCCGUGAAGAUGCUAAAGGACGGAGCCACAGCCAGCGAGCACAAAGCCUUGAUGUCGGAGUUAAAGAUACUGAUCCACAUUGGCAACCACCUGAAUGUUGUUAACCUGUUAGGAGCCUGCACCAAACCCAACGGUCCUCUGAUGGUGGUUGUGGAAUAUUGCAAGUAUGGAAAUCUGUCCAACUUCCUGCGAGCAAAGAGGGAGUUCUUCCUUCCCUACAGGGAUCGGUCUCCGAAAACCCAGAGCCAGGUGAGGCGUAUGAUUGAAGCAGGUCAGAUGGACCAGAGAGCCCGCCAGCAGCCUCCCGCUCCGUCCUGCCCGCUCAGCAGUCCUCAGACUGCAUCAUCCAAGGCCUCCAAUCAGAAUCAUGUGGUGGAGAAAAUCGAAGACUUGUGGAAAACCCCGCUGACGAUUGAAGAUUUAAUUUGCUACAGUUUCCAGGUGGCUCGUGGGAUGGAGUUCCUGGCCUCCAGAAAGUGUAUCCACAGAGACCUGGCAGCCCGCAACAUUCUCCUGUCGGAGAACAACGUUGUGAAGAUAUGCGACUUCGGCUUGGCCAGAGACAUAUACAAAGACCCCGACUACGUCAGGAAAGGCAAUGCUCGCCUGCCGUUAAAGUGGAUGGCUCCUGAGAGCAUCUUUGACAAAGUGUACACCAGCCAGAGCGACGUGUGGUCUUUUGGCGUCCUCCUCUGGGAAAUCUUUUCACUUGGUGCAUCGCCGUACCCAGGGGUGCAGAUCGAUGAAGACUUUUGCAAACAGUUGAAAGACGGCGUCAGGAUGAGGGCACCGGAGACAGCCUCGCCUGAAAUAUACGGCAUCAUGCUGGCCUGCUGGCAGGGCGAGCCCAAAGAGAGACCCCCGUUUCCAGCUCUGGUUCAGAUCCUGGGAGACCUGCUGCAGGACAACGGCCUACCUGACGGGAAGGAGUUCACUCCUCUGAACCAUUCACAGAGCUCAGAAGACGAUGGUUUCUCACAGGCUUCAUCGCGGCCUCCGUCCGAGGAAGAGCUGAGACUGCCUUGCAACACUCACCCCACAAGGUAUUAUAACUGCGUGCCCUUUGGCGGGUGCGUGUUUGUGGGAUCCACUAAGAUAUGCCAGCCCAGAGUGAAGACGUUUGAAGAGCUCCCCUUGGAGAUGCAUCCACAGAAAGCCCCUCAAGAGAACCAGAGUGACAGCGGGAUGGUUCUGGCCUCCGAAGAAUUCGAGAGAAUAGAGCACAACCACAGGGGUGCCGUCUUAAAAAGUCGCAUGAGCAGCACCAGCAGCACGGAGCCUCUCAUGGCCUCCAGCGGUUCUCUGGGUCAGAGCACCGGCUGCUCGAGGAGCCGUCCCACUUUCUUCACUCAGCUGUCAGGACAGACCUUCUACAACAACGAGUACGGACACCUGUCCGAGGAGGGCUUCUGCGACUUCUACUCCCCAAAAGACACCCGCUGCCUGGCCUCUUCGAAUGUGUAAUUUUCUCCAAAGACGCAGACCAAAGAGGAUGGUUUGUGGGAGGAGUGCAGAUGACAUGCAUGAAGAGCAGGGUAUAGAUCCACCUGGCCAGACCUGCCUCCACCUCCCUCCUCCCUCCUGCUGACUCUACUAAUAGACUGAGCUGUGCCUGAAGUUCCUCUAACCAGCCACUGGGUGGCAGCAUUGUGUUCAGAAUGUUCCAAAAGUAUUUUCUAUUCAUGCAUUUAUAUUUUUAUCUUUUAUAUACAGAAUAGUCUUCCUUUAUUUGUACAAAUUAUGACUCUUACAGGAAGAAAUAAAGAAAUUUAUCCUUU